CAGAAUCACAUGCUACAGCACAAUAAUAAUAAGGAAGUAGGUGUUUAGAGGCAUUUUUCUUCUUCUUUACGGGGUAAAAAAAGAUGAGAUUUUCAACUGGUUUUGUGUUUAUUUUUUGUUGCUGUUACACAUAUGGAGUAACAGGCGAAAACAAGCCAAUACAGACAUUUGUAAUUCCUCACAGUCACAUGGAUGUGGGCUGGGUGUACACUAUUCAGGAGAGUAUGCACGCCUAUGCAGCCAAUGUGUACACCACUGUGACAGAGGAGCUGUCAAAGGGUAAAGACCGCAGGUUCAUCGCUGUGGAGCAGGAGUUUUUUCGCCUGUGGUGGGACACUGUGGCCACAGACUCCCAUAAGAAACAAGUGCGACAGCUUGUAAAAGAAGGCAGAUUAGAGUUCAUCAUCGGGGGCCAAGUGAUGCAUGAUGAGGCCGUGACUGAUCUAGACGAUGAGAUAUUGCAAAUGACAGAGGGACACGGCUUCCUCUACGAGACGUUCGGGGUUCGUCCUCAGUUCUCCUGGCACGUGGAUCCAUUUGGAGCUUCCUCUACUACGCCGGUCCUGUUUGCCCUGGCAGGUUUCAAUGCCCACCUCAUCUCACGGAUUGACUAUGACCUCAAAGACACCAUGCAGAAAAAGAAGAACCUACAGUUUGUAUGGAGAGGUUCUCCCUCUCUAAAAGAAAAGCAGCAGAUCUUCACUCACACUAUGGACCAGUUUAGCUAUUGCACCCCAUCCCACCUGCCAUUCUCAAACAGCUCUGGUUUCUACUGGAACGGAGUUGCCUUGUUCCCAGACCCACCCAAAGAUGGAGUCUACCCCAACAUGAGCCUGCCUGUCACUAAGGAGACAGUACACGCCUAUGCCCAGACCAUGGUGGAGAACAUCAAGCAGAGGGCAGCAUGGUUUAGGACUAACCACGUGCUCUGGCCAUGGGGCUGUGACAAACAGUUUUACAACUCAUCUGUACAAUUCAACAACAUGGAUCCUUUAAUGAAGUACAUCAACCAGAACAGCAAAGAGUUUGGGGUGACGGUCCAGUAUGCCAGUCUAAGUGAAUACUUCCAAGCCAUCUACCAAUCAAAUCUUGUUUGGGAGGUUCGAGGGAGUGAAGAUUUUCUGCCAUAUUCCACUGAACCAUACCAGGCAUGGACGGGGUUUUAUGCCUCUAGAAACGUUUUGAAAGGAGUGGCACGGCAAGCUAGCUCCCAGCUGCACGCGGCUGAAACUCUUUUCACCCGGUACCGAAUCAGCUUCCCUGAUGGACCCGUAGCUAAAGACUGGGCCCUGGACAAACUGAGAGCGCUUCGCUGGGCUGUCUCUGAGGUGCAGCACCAUGAUGGUAUCACUGGCACAGAGUCUCCCAAGGUGGCGGACAUGUACCUGCAGCAUCUCGUGCAGGCCAUGAUGGGGGUGGAGGAACUUCUCGCUGCUCUGUUUCUGCUUCCUCACAACCUCGACAUCCCCAGCAUCCUCGGCACCCGCCACCACAGAAAAGGUGUUCAUCAGACUCUGGAGCAACAUGUCAUCGUUUACAACCCUUUAGCGUGGAACAUCACCACUAUCAUCAACGUCACAGUAAACUUCCCCAAUGCAGCCGUCUUUGAUGAUGAUGGACAGCCUGUGCCAGCACAAAUCCAGAGAUCAGCACAGUCUAAUGUGACCUAUGAUCUUUUCAUCGUGGUGGACCUGGGAGGUCUUCAGCAUAGAAAAUACUCAUUUAAGUUCUCUGACAACCCGUGCUCUGGGAGGUCCAAGUACAGCCGGACUUACAAAGCUAAAGGGGUUCUGUUUGAGAGACGCCGCGUCCAGGACCGGGCACGAACUGGGAGGAAGCUCCUGCCAGUUCUGAAUGAAUGUUACAAGCUCAUGUUUGACCAGGAUACAAAUCUGCUGCACAGCAUCACUUAUCUUGAGGAAAAAAGGAGAGUAAGGAUGACUCAGGAUUUCUGGGAGUACCACGCAAAUGGAGAUGUGAAAACAGGGCCCAUUUCUGAUAACUACAUCUUCAGCGCCAACGGUUCAGCUGUGCGGGCCUAUAAAGCUGUGGAGAUGGAGAUUAUCCCCGGGAAGAUUGUGUCUGAGAUCAGGCAGUACUUCUACAGAGAGGAAAGAGAUGAAGACUAUGCUUACUCAAUCACCACCCGCAUCCCAGAAUGCUUUGGGACCAGACUGCGGUGUCACAGGCUGGAGCAGACCUAUUCUCUGGGGCCCCUCCGUCUCAACACAGAGGUCGUCCUCAGGACCAGCACUGCCCUGAAGAACAACAGGACCCUGCACACAGAUGACAAUGGCUACCAGAUGAUGAAGAGGCCAUACAGGAAGUUCACUAAUAACACUUUAGCAAGAAACUACUUCCCCAUGGUUCGGACAGCCUACAUUGAGGAUGACCUCAGCAGGCUGGUGUUAGUCAGCGACAGAGCCCACGGUGUGUCCAGCCAGGCCAACGGACAACUGGAGGUCAUGCUCCAUCGACGUCUUUGGAACAACUUGGCCUGGAACCUCGGCUACAACCUGACCCUCAAUGACAGUUCGGUUGUGAGGCCCACCCUGUGGAUGUUGCUGGGCUCCAUCAGUGCCACCUCCAGGCUUUACCAGAGGGAGGCAGUAGAGCUGCAGCACAGGCCUGUCAUCAUGCCCAUAGACCAACCCCAGAGGCCCUGGCAGGAAAAAGAGCCCAGAGGAAGUUCCCCGGUGCGUUCAGUUGUUCUGCCGCCAAACCUCCACCUGCUCAGCCUCAACAUCCCCGGAUGGAACUACAGCUCCAAUCACAACGUUCACCUUAAUCACGUACACUCAGGUAAGGGUCUGCGCUCAGAGCCGGACUAUGAUCGCGUCCUGCUGAGAAUCAUACAUCUGUUUGAAGAGGGAGAAGACCCUGAGCUUUCAAAGCCAGUCACCAUAAACUUAAAGGAUGUUCUGCAGGGCAUUGGGGAAGUAAAAGUGCUGGAGGAGCGUUCUCUCACAGGAACCUGGGAUAUCACCAGUCUGCAGAGGUGGAAGUGGAAGACGGCAGAUAACUCAGAAACAAAGAACAAAAGGUGUUGGAGAUGUGGAGAUAAAGAUUUUACCGUCACCAUCUCGCCCAAAGAGAUCAGGACUUUCUUCAUUCACUUCAGCCCCAAGAACUUUUAGGCUGAACUGUCUUUUGUCUUCUGUGAAGAUAGCCAAUCUUUAGACAUGAUAUGACAAAGCUUUUUAAGAUUUGAUCCUCUUAAUUAACGCUCUUUUUGCACAUUAUGUUGAUUUGUUACGAGGCACUGAUCUGUUGAUUCUCUCUGAAUAAAGCGAUUGUUCAAACGUC